CCAGUCCGCGUGCUUUCUAAAAACACAAAGGCAUAUAUUAAAAUAUCAUCACGACCAAGAUUCGUAAGUCAACCAAACAUGUUUUUGCUAUAACUGUUCCUAGUUUUAGCUGAGUUCAUAUGAUUUAUUGAAUGUUACAAAAACUUUUGAAUCCACAAAAAUAACAACAAAGCAGAAACAGUAGUUUCAUAGUUACAAAGAAAGAGUUUCAUAAAGUUGUGAUGGAUCUAUUGAGUGGAGGUGCUGUUGGAGCUGUGAUGGGAGAGAUCGUGAAACACGCUAUUCAAACAAUCAAAAAAGGUCGAGACUUUGGUCCAACACUUGAAAAGAACAUAGAAACUUUGAACAAUUUGGCCCCUUUGAUAGAAGAAAUGAAAGAGUACAACGAUUUGUUAGAUCGACCCAGAGAUGAAAUAGAGAAGUUAGAGAAACACAUAAGAGAGGGUCAAGAGCUUGUAACAAAAAGCAAGAAACUUAAUCGAUGGAAGUUUCCUUCUUUCCCACGUUACCAAUCAAAGCUUCAGAAGAAAGAUGAGGCUCUUCAGAGACAUUUGUCUGUGAAUGUUCAAGUGGAGAAUAGAAGGGAUUUGAUGGAAGUGUUGGGUAAGGUGAAUGGAAUUCUUGAGAUUUUGAUGAGAAAGGAGAAUUUGGGUCAGUUUAAUAAUAAUAAUAUUGGGAAUCAAAUAAAGGGUUUGAAUGGUGCUCCUGAAGAGCCUGAAUGUUUGGGAAUGGUUGAGCCUUUAAAUAAGUUGAAGGGUGAAUUGCUUAAGGAUGGUGUUUCUGUACUUGUUUUGACUGGUUUGGGUGGUUCAGGUAAAAGCACACUUGCUAAGAAGCUUUGUUGGGUUCCACCUAUCAAAGACAAGUUUGGCAGAAACAUAUUCUUUGUUACCGUCUCAAAAACUCCCAACUUGAAGAACAUUGUACGGACACUAUUUGAAUACUGUGGAAGUCGGGUGCCUGAGUUUCAAAGCGAUGAAGACGCGAUUAACCAAUUGGGACGUCUUCUGAGGCAGGUUGGGAGAAGACCAAUACUAUUAGUGUUGGAUGAUGUUUGGCCUAGAUCAGAAGGCCUUAUUGAGAAGUUCAAAUUCCAAAUAUCAGAUUAUAAGAUUUUGGUCACUUCAAGAGUUGCAUUUAGAAGAUUUGGCACACCAUUCCAGUUGGAUCCACUUGAUCAUCAUCAUGCAGUCUCCCUUUUCCAUCACUUUGCUCAAUUGAAUGACAGCAGUUCAUAUAUGCCUGAUAAAAAUCUUGUCCAUGAGAUAGUGAGAGGUUGUAAGGGUUCACCAUUAGCGCUUCAGGUCAUUGCCGGAUCACUUUGUAAGCAGCCUUUUGAGAAGUGGCAAAGUAUGAAGGGACGUUUACAAAGUCAAUCAAUUCUGGAGUCUAAUAGCACUGACUUGCUUUGUUACCUUCAACAAAGCUUGGAUAUAUUGGAGGAUAUCAAUGAAAAGGAGUGCUUCAUGGAUAUGGGGCUAUUUCCUGAAGACCAGAGGAUCCCUGUCACUGUCUUCAUUGAUAUUUGGGCAGAACUGCAUAACUUAGAUGAAGAUGGUACAAAUGCAAUGGUUAUUGUCCAUGAUUUAACCACCAGGAAUUUGAUUAAUGUCAUAGCUACAAGGAAAGUUGCAACAGAAACAGACAUGUACUACAAUAACCACUAUGUCAUGCUGCAUGAUCUCCUCCAAGAACUAGCGAUCCUUCAAAGCAAAGAGAAACCGUUUGAAGAGAGAAAAAGACUGAUCAUUGACUUAAGUGGAGAUAAUCGUCCUGAUUGGUGGAUAGGACAGAAUCAACAAGGAGUCAUUAGUCGUAUGUACUCAUCCAUCGCCGGAAUGUUGGUUAAACAGAAUCAGCUAAAGGUUGCUGCCCGCAUAUUGUCUAUAUCAACUGAUGAAACAUUUUCUUCAGAUUGGUGUGACAUGCAACCUGAUGAGGCUGAGGUUCUGGUUUUAAAUAUCCGGUCCGACAAUUACUCGUUACCGGAUUUCACCAAUAAAAUGAGUAAACUGAAAGUUUUAAUAGUCACAAAUUAUGGUUUCCAUCGUUCCGAACUAACCAAAUUUGAGCUACUUGGUUUUUUAUCAAACUUGAAAAGAAUAAGGUUGGAGAAAGUUUCAGUCCCUUCCCUGUGCAGAUUGAAGAAUCUGCGAAAAUUGUCCCUUCAUAUGUGCAAUACAACGCAUGCUUUUGAAAGCUGGUCUAUCCAAAUUUCAGAAGCUAUGCCAAAUCUAGUGGAAAUGAGCAUUGACUAUUGUAGUGAUUUGAUUAAAUUACCUGAUGGUUUUUGCAACAUUACCUCAUUGAAGAAGCUCAGUAUCACAAACUGCCAUAAGUUUUAUGUAAUGCCUCAAGAUAUUUCAAAGCUGGAGAAUUUAGAAGUGUUAAGGCUUUGUUCCUGUUCUGAUUUAGUAGAGAUAUCGGAAUCGGUUGGAGGCCUUAAAAAGCUGCGAUGUCUCGAUAUCUCAGACUGCGUGAAUCUUCCGAAAUUACCGAACGAUAUCGGUGACUUGGAAAAACUUGAGAAGCUCUACAUGAAGGGUUGCUCAAACUUAAGUGAAUUGCCUUACUCUGUCCUCAGUUUUGCAAAUUCAAAGCAUGAAAUAUAUGUGAUCUGUGAUGAAGAAGGAGCUGAAUUAUGGGAAAUAUUUUCAUACAUUCCUAAUCUAAAGAUUAAGAUGCCUAAAGUUGAUAUUAACCUAAACUGGCUUCAUGGAACUCGUUCAUGAGUGUUCUUUCCUGAAGAUAAAGUGACUUGAAGUCAUGUUUUGAAACUUGUAAACGAUGUUGCUUCAUAUAUGGUUUCCUAUUUACCAUAAUCAUGUGUUCAUGUAACUGUAGUGAACAAAGCAGGAGUUUGUGUUGGACAGUACUGUAAAUGUAGUAUACAUCAAUGUGGCCUUAAAGAUUACUCCAUGUGUUAUUUUAGCAUGACUAUUAUUCUGUAAUAAACUAGCUCAAUAUUUUCCCUUUCAUUUGAAGAGAAAAUAAGAUCUGUGCACAACAGAAUUAUGGAAAUGGGACUGGUUCUUUAUUUUGAAAA